AGUGGAGUGGCCGGGGAGGACCGGCGCGGCCCUAGCUGCGGCCGCCUCUCUUCGCCCAACGAGCUGACAUUUUGCAGGACUCGCGCGACGCCCCGUCGCCUGCGCUCCCCGGGACCCCGCCGCCAGGAGGAGGGGGCGGAGGAGGGUGGAGACUGCAGGGUUGGCCAAGGAAGGCUCACAUCCUCGGGCGGGCUGCCGUGACGCGGCGGGGAUUAACUUUGCAUGAAUAAUAUCUGCGGUUUCCCUGCCAUUGGCCGUCCUGAGUGGGUGCCAAGUCCACACAUGCUUUAAUGAAAAAGAAGGAGAUGUCAGAGAAACAAAGGAUCCAGAAUGAUUACUAACCUAUGACUCCCAACAGUAUGACAGAAAAUGGCCUUCCAGCCUGGGACAAUCCGAAGCACUGUCCAGACCAAGAACACGACUGGAAGCUGGUAGGAAUGUCUGAAGCCUGCCUCCACAGGAAGAGUCAUUCAGAGAGGGGCAGCACGUUAAAAAAUGAACAGUCGCCCUCACAUCUCAUCCCGGCCACUUGGACUAGCUCAAUAUUCCACCUGGACCAUGACGAUGUGAACGAUCAGAGUGUCUCAAGUGCCCAGACCUUCCAAACAGAAGAAAAGAAAUGUAAAGGGUACAUCCCCAGUUACUUAGACAAGGACGAGCUAUGUGUAGUGUGUGGUGACAAGGCCACCGGGUAUCACUACCGCUGCAUCACGUGUGAAGGCUGCAAGGGUUUCUUUAGAAGAACCAUUCAGAAAAAUCUCCAUCCAUCCUAUUCCUGUAAAUAUGAAGGAAAAUGUGUCAUAGACAAAGUUACACGAAAUCAGUGCCAGGAGUGUCGCUUUAAGAAAUGCAUCUAUGUUGGCAUGGCAACAGAUUUGGUGCUGGACGACAGCAAGAGGCUGGCCAAGAGGAAGCUGAUAGAGGAGAAUCGGGAGAAGAGACGGCGUGAAGAGCUGCAGAAAUCCAUCGGGCACAAGCCGGAGCCCACAGACGAGGAGUGGGAGCUCAUCAAAACUGUCACCGAAGCCCACGUUGCAACCAAUGCCCAGGGCAGCCACUGGAAGCAGAAGCGGAAAUUCCUGCCAGAAGAUAUUGGGCAAGCCCCAAUAGUAAAUGCCCCAGAAGGUGGAAAGGUCGACUUGGAAGCCUUCAGCCAUUUCACAAAAAUCAUCACACCAGCAAUUACCAGAGUGGUGGAUUUUGCCAAAAAGUUGCCUAUGUUUUGUGAGCUGCCAUGUGAAGACCAGAUAAUCCUCCUCAAAGGCUGCUGCAUGGAGAUCAUGUCCCUUCGUGCUGCUGUGCGCUAUGACCCAGAAAGUGAGACUUUAACCUUGAAUGGGGAAAUGGCAGUGACACGGGGCCAGCUGAAAAACGGGGGUCUUGGGGUGGUGUCGGAUGCCAUCUUUGACCUGGGCAUGUCUCUGUCUUCUUUCAACCUGGAUGACACGGAAGUAGCCCUCCUUCAGGCCGUCCUGCUGAUGUCUUCAGAUCGCCCAGGGCUCGCCUGUGUUGAGAGAAUAGAAAAAUACCAAGAUAGUUUCCUGCUGGCCUUUGAACACUAUAUCAAUUACCGAAAACACCACGUGACACACUUUUGGCCAAAACUCCUGAUGAAGGUGACAGACCUGCGGAUGAUUGGAGCCUGCCACGCCAGCCGCUUCCUGCACAUGAAGGUGGAAUGCCCCACGGAACUCUUCCCCCCUUUGUUCUUGGAAGUGUUCGAGGAUUAGACUGACUGGAUUCAUUCUCAUAAUUCCUACAGCACUACUGGGAGUCAUUUCAUUCCAUUGCCUAGCUCUUUUUUGUUUGUUCCUUUGUUUCUUUGUGUUGGAAGGGAUUACUUGGGGGUAAAGGGGGUAGUCCUUGGAAUAGACAUGGAUGAAAUCACCCCUUGAAUGCGGGUACUUGUAACUCUUGCAUUUCAUUCCCCAGUCCUUCGAUGUGAAUGCUUUGAAGGUUUUACAGUUGUGGGGGUGGGGUGGGGGACAGUCAUUCACUCACCAGCACCAAGUCAUCACCAGCCUCCACCUGGCCCUUGUCAGAGACUCAGGCAAGCAAAAUGGCACUGCAGAAGACUAAAGAAGCCUUAAAACCAAGAUGAUAAGGUAAUUUUGAUCCUCAUUUCUACAGGACUCAAGAUAGCAGAGCACAGACCACCUGUGGUUAGAUGUGGCUUUCAGCUUUUUAGGGAAAGUCUUCAAACAAAUUUUCAUCUAUUCAAAAGCAUGCUGUUUUCAGCCAUCUUUAUUCUCUCCUGGCAGCAUAACUUGGAAUGUACAGGAAUAUUUGUGUCCUAAAAAAUCAUCUGUCCUAUCAAUAUCAUUUUUACAGUUUCCAAAAAGUCACAUAGUAUGACUUCACAGUAGGAGGAAGGCUUCUUUCCGGUUUAAGCUCAGAGAACAUUUCCACAGAAAUCAAACCUAUUUAUAGGGUGUCAUCACUUUUCAGUGGCAUCUGAUCUGUCAUCUCCCAAGCUCCUGAAGUUACUUAUCCUGGUUGCAUCUCUGCUGAGCAGACAGCAGAUUUCCCUGUGGAUUAAGUCUUCUUGUCAAGGAGCCACGUGAGUCUCGUUCUGGAGGAAUUCUGAGGAGAGAUGAGAGCGGUUACACUGAGUGGAAGUCAAUGUCGUGUUCAGAGUCCUCACUUACCGAUGGUUUGAGGAUGCUUCCUUCUGCUCCUAGAUCCUCAAGCUCUUGCUUCAGUCACAAACGCUUCCCAGUCCCCCUUUUCCCUCUGAGGCACUAAAUAGCUCGAUUAUCUCUAAACAAAGACUGGUCUUGCUGCUGACCGCCCCCCUUUUACAGCAUUGCUCUCGCAGAUAUUCAACAGAAAACACCUGCAGGCCAAGCACGUGAACACUCACCUACCUUCCCUGCCCAACCUGCCUCCCCAACAACCUACGCUGGAGUAGCUUGUGCCCAGAAAGCAAAUGGUGACACCUCAUCACUUGGACGUCAGAAAAUGGGCAAAGAAUGCAGCCAUGCAACUGAAUGUAUCUCAUUCUUCACUGGCACAGUAGAUGUAAACUAUUCCUUUACCAGCCUUUUACUGCCUUACCCUGGAAAUAUUGGGGAAAAUAAGCCAUAUCAGUAAGAUUUACCUAAAAACAAAGGAAUGAAAGUCACUGUGAAAACCAAGUGGACAGAUUUUUUUAAGCUUGGCAGAGCAUAACUGACCCAGAAGUCUGGGUGCCCGAGUUCCAGUUUAUGCUCUGUCAACUGGUAGAUUUAUGACUUUAGGUGUCUUGGUUUUCUCAGCUGGUGAAUAGUUCAUGAUCUCUAAAAUCCUUUCCACCCUUAAUACUGUACAAAUUUCAUGGGGAAAAACCUGAUUCUUUUGAUGGUUUCUUUCAUAUUCCAGUUUGUAGCUUUAUCAGACAAAAAGUAUGACCCACUUAAUUAAGGAACGUAUAUUUGGUAUUGAUUCAAAAUAAGAAUUUGAUCCAAUACUAGUCAACAAUUUAGAGGAAUGGCCUUGGAAAAAGGAAGGGAACAACGUUGAAAAUCCCAAUUAUUAUUGGAAAUAAUCUGGGGCGAGAUUAUAUGUUUAAUGCGCUAAAGCAAUUAUGGGAAAAAGGAAACAAGAACAUUGCUGUGGAUCGUGUUAAUCAGAGAAAGGAAGUAGUGAAGAGAUUUGAAACUAUAAGGAUGAAGUUCAUGGGCCGAUUACCGGUCUUGACUCUAUCUGCCUACAGUUUUCUUGGUUUUGUUUUCCCUAGGCGGCCCUAGCCAGUCUUCUGAAGUGCUUACUUGGUGAACAUCUCAACUCCCUCUGUGGACUCUCCUUGGAGAGUGCUACCCUUUGAAAGUUGAACACUCAGCCACCUCCACACUUCAGGGUAACUCAGAAGCAUUGCUAUGAGGGAAGGCAAGGUAGCGGCAUACUGGACAGGUUCACAGACCCCUGGGGCAUCAGACUUCUGGGGAAAGCCUCCUCAUUUUGUUUACAGAUUCCUCAGCACGUCAGACACCCAGAUUCAAAUGUAAUUCCGGAGCCUGAUUGCAAGCUGAAUCAGAAUGCUUUGGGGAUUAACCAUGAUUGGGAAUUGGCCAGACAGUUAGAAUAUAUCUGCAGUCAUGCAGCCUGCCCCAAGUAAGAGAACAUUUGAUCCCCAGCUCCUCAGAUGGUUGCCUUAGACAGGCAAACCGCUGGUCUAGAAGUCUUGUUGAAGGUAGAAUACUUUAUGCAGAGUAGGACAAGCUUAGCAUACUUCGGGUUGAAAGGAAAGGCUGUCAGGACCCAAGGAUUGUGACCCCGGUGGUCCAAGCAGCCCUCACUCAUUCCUUCGAAACUGACUGGUGUACUUAGUGCAUCUCAAGACUCCAUCUCAUAAAACUCGCUUGUGAGGGAUUUUCUCUGGAUUUUUUUUAAAAAAACAUGUUUUCUUACAUUGUCUGGACUUUCAAAUCAAGUGUGGACCCGAUGGAAACACCCUUUGCACCGGCCCCCCACAGUGGGGAGAAAUCCCAGUAGAGAAGACCCCACACAGCUGGGAUUCUUAUUUAUAAAUCAUGUCACUUUGGGGGAUGAGCAGCUCGGGCAUGUGUGCGUUUGUGCGUGUGUGUGUGUGUUUGUCACCCUCAAGUGUACUUUGCUCUUUGGUUCAGACGUGCAGUAUUUCCAGAAGUAGUGAAAAAAGUAAGAUCUUUCCUUCCUUAUGAUUCUGCUCAAAACACCACGUGCCACCUCAGAACUUUUCUAGUCCAAGAGCCUUGGUCCUCAAUGACGCGCUUGCGUGUUGAUGCCUCUGCCCAGCGAUGCCCCCCACCUGUGCCCCGAGUGACACCUGCAGUGCGGUCAUGGGGUGAUGCCAGGCCCCAGCUCUGCUCCUCCGUGGACAGGUGCACCAGCCUCGGCCCCGAACAGGAACACUCAGCCUCCACCGAACUGCUGAGCACCCUCAAAGCAUGUCAUUGUCAGUGAAACAUUUUUAUUCUAUGGAACUCUAACCUCUUCGUGUCAUAUUGACCUUUUGCUGCAUGAGUCAUAAAUUAUGAAAUCGGUCUUAUGGUUUUUGAAAUAUAGCCAGCAUUUGUAAGGCUAAACCUUUUUCAUGAACUGAAUUUAGGUGAAUAACCAAGCCACAGGUCCUCUUCAAAAGGAGAGUGGUGACAGACAUUUGAAUCUCUUUGCCCUUCCCAACGGCUAUGGCAUCAGGUUCUAAAAUAAGCUCGUAAUUUUUCCUGUUAUUUUAAUAAUAUGGAAAUAUUAGCUUAGUAUUUCUUUUGAUAGUCAUAGACUAUAAUCCAUAUUUAAAUUUUAUAGAGAAGAAAUUUUAUUGUACUGUGAUGUAGAUAUUUAUUAUCCAGGUAAGGAUUUGCCCGGUGUGUAUUUUUUACAAUGGAAACAUUUUACUUUAAUCUUUAAAAAAAAAAAAAAAUACUUUAAACACACACACACACAUACAAAAAACAGACUAGAGGGGAAAAAAGGUUUGGCCUUAUCACAGAAUUUUUACUGUGCUGUAUAAAUGUUUUCAAAUGCAAAAAGUGUGCAUUUCUAGUGUGUCUCCACAUUAACUAAUGCCGCCUUCAAGAGCAAUAUCACACAAGUAAAAUGCUGUUUGUGGCUUUCUGUUGCGCAGUUAAAACUGACCCACCUUAUGCACAAGACAAUCAAAUAUAAAUCUGUCCUCCUCCGGAUGCAGAUAAUACUCAUGUAUAUUACAGAGCACAAUGUAAGACAAAAGAAGACACUUUACACGUGUGUUGUUGAUAUAGAAUUUAUCGGGGCAUAAAUGAGCUGAUGUGACAUUAGGCCACUUCUUUCUUUGGGUUCGCCAUUAUUAACUUGACAUCUUCAAUUUGAUCAUAGAGCCAAAUUAGUUCUCCAUGCUUUAUUCAGAGAAAAGACUUUUUUCCGUAAUGUGUCAUGCCCUGAGAAUCAGAAAAAUACUGCAGGAUAGAAAAAGAUUUACAGUCAUCUGAAGACUUAUGUUUUGCAAACAGUGUUAAGUGAUAUUGCUAGAUUGGUAAUAUUUUUUUCAGCCUAAAACUCUGUUGAAAUCUGUGAUCAAAAUGUUUUAAACUAUCCAAAAAGAAAAUUUGUAUAUUUGGGAAAAAUGGAUUUUUACAUAGCUUUUGUAUGCAGAUAUUAAAUUGUAAUUAUGAAUAUAGUGGGCGUAGAUAAACUC